GCCGCAGUAGCGUGCAAGCUUUCGCCGCCUGUUUAGUAGUUGCUCGGCACUCGUUCAGGCUGUUUCGAUCUACGCGCUCACUUCGCUGUGGGCACAAGCUCGGCGACAGCAAGAAAGCGCACUCUUGGCAAGAGUAGACCGGCACAGUCUCCGCUUCAACGUCAAGAAAUACUGACGGUCUCUGUUAACGGUACACUGUUUUAUUUGGUGCCGAGACAUGCUGCCCUGCCUCGCACCGAAAGCUCUUGAGUCGCGCGGACCAUCGCUUGCGCACACGGAUGCGCAUAUCGACGAUGAAGUCACUCGCUUGCGCAGCUUGCACAUCGCCGACGUUCCGCGCAUGCGCGAUCUCACCGUCUUCCGCGUUCGCCGUGACACCCUCGGUACGAGUUCGGCCCUGCAAGGAUGAUGCUUCCACCUCCACGAUAGAUGUCCGUGCGACGGGACGCUCGACGCUCUAUACGCUGCAAAAAGCUCGCUUCGAGAUGGAGCGGCGACGACCUGCUUCGUUUGCGUUUGCUUUGCCGCCCACCGUUUUGGAGCCAGCGCCUCGUCCCUCUGCACGCCUUGUGGCGCCCGUUGUAGUAUCACCGACACCACGCGCACCGAGGGUGUCUGAAGACAAGCUCGGCAACAACGCCAGUCCCCGAAGGCAGCGCUAUCCAGUGAUGUACCGGAGCCGCGAGACAGAGAGCGCUGGCGUAAAGAAUGACGCAGGACGCAGCAACAACGACACGGAACGGCAGCGUCCUCGGCGAAGACGACAUGUCCCGUCGACGCGACAGCCGCAGUUGUCGUGCCCGCUACCGAUCAACCCGAUCAACCCGCGGGAUCGACUACUGCAGCACCACGACAUUUCCGAGUUUGACUUGCGCGUGUGCCACUCGCCGCGGGCCGUGACCGCCGCUCUGCUCGCUUUCGCGGUCCCCGCCGGCGUCGACCAGGCCACGUUUCGGCGCGCCGUGCCGCUGCUGUCCGUGGAGGACGAGAUGUUUGUGGACCGCGUCUUUGCCAUCUUGGACGACGACUACUCGGGCGUCAUCGAGUGGCGCGAGUUCAUUCGCGCCAUGGCGGCGCUCGAGAAGGGCGACUUGCGCGCGCGGAUUGUGUUUUUGUUUGAAGUCUACGAUCUGAAUGGCGACGGAAAGCUCAGUCGGAGCGAACUCAUCGCGUUCUUCAUUUCCGGGCUCAUGGUUUCCGCCAAUGACAAGAACGUGCAGGACAUGGCGCAGCACUUUGCAGACGAAAUUCUGUUGGCGCUGGGCGUCACGCCGACGGAAGGCGCGACGAUUUCGGUUCCAGAAGUCGCGACGUUCAUCGAGAAGGCCGAGAUGGAGGACAUCUACUCGAUCUUUGGGCGCACCAUGCUCAACGAGCUCGACAAGCAAACGCCGAAACCCGACGCGGACUUGGCUUUGGUCGACGAGACGCUCGAGACGACCUCGAUUGUGUACCGCAUGUCGCACACGAUGCGCAUGGACAAUAUUUGACCAUUCUACUGUAGUACGACCCACUGACUCACGUCUAAAGGUCGCUGGUAUCAAUUCCUUGUUCACUCGAAAUGUGCGAACAUCUUUGACGCCAGAUAAAGAAUAUACAACUUGGGUGUCCAGAC